AUGUCUGUGACAGUCCGAGGUUCCAUUGAUGGCGGCCUAGCCGAUUAUAAAUCAAUGGCCCAGCGGACGUAUGAGCGGGACGGAGGAAGCAUAAUUGGCCCUCGCGCAAACAGGAUAUCGGACAGGUCCGGCGAUGCCAACUCUUCGUUAAUGAAGGGCAUCUCGGAUGGCCCAGCUAAUGUUAAUGGCUCAUCAAAUGGCGUCAGCCCUGCGGACGAUAUGCCAUAUUCUGCCAAGGCGCAAAUAGGAUAUCGGAAGUGCCUGGCGGACCCAUCAUUGGGACGUCGUCAGAACCCUGGGUCGGUAAGGGUCUUUGCCUAUCUGCCGCUCUGGUCGAGCACAAACUACAUGAAGGUUCUGUCUGCCACCUGA